AUGUCGGCUAAAUCCCGCUCAUCCGCCUCGACCCGCCCCUCCACCCCACCCGCUGGUGCUCGCUCACCUACGGAAGUAACCUCUCUCCUCCCGCCUUCCUCGCACACCCCAACGUCCGCCUCCCCGACCGCCUCGGGCUCAUUCAACAAGUCGCAUGCGCGCAAGGCGUCCGUGGGCGGACGGAGUGUCAGUGGACGGAGCACGGCGGGGAGUGUGAGGGGGUACGGAGCGACGGCGAAGCCUGUUGUUCCUGGGCCGGCCGAGCAGGCGCCGAGGGUCAGUAAGGCCGGACAAAGACGUAUCCUGACAACCUGGCCGCUUCAGAUCAUCUUUGGUCUUCUCACUGUAUUCACCUUUAUCUCGCUCGUCCUGACUUUGGUGCUUUUCGCCAACACCGCUUUGGAUCUCAGCAGCAUAUCUCUGCCAUACCGCGGAAGUGGCUUUGCAGAAUUCUGGGUCUCCGCCGUUGGUUCCUGGAUAGGUCUCGGCGGUGUCUUCUUCUUCUCCCACCCCUCCUACCUCUUCUUCCUCACCACCCUCCUCACCACCCUCAUUGCCAUCCCCUUUAUCCUGGUCACCCUCUUCUCUCCUCCCGUCUACGCCAUCCACGACCCCCUCCUGCUCGUUCCCUUCGUCCUCACCGCGUGCUGCCUGGUAUUUACGCUGUUGUCCAACUACCUCGUCCGUCGGGCGCGAUACAAGGAGAGCCAGCGGAUCGUACGGAUGCUCACGGACGCGGCGGGGCGGGAGCGGGCCGUCGGCGAGGAAGGCACAGCACGAGCGCUGGUCGGGAUCCAAGGCAGCAUGUGGGGCCGAUUCGUCGGUUUCAUGUCUGGCAUCGGGGGGUUUAUUGCCGGUCUCGCCGGACUGAUCAUCAUGACUCUCCUCCUCAUCGACAUGUCCAUCACGGCAUACGACUACUCUCUCCCCCUUCCCUCUUCCUCAUCCAAACUCGUCACUGCCCGCGCGACCGGUUCUGCCUGGCCUAUCCAGAUCCACCUCGCCUGCGUCCCUUUCCCACACAACUCAAGCCUCCCUACUAUCCUAUAUGAAUCUCCAUCCGGCAUCCCCGGCUCUCUCGCCCUCUUUGACCACCCCGUACUCGAGACCUCGGCCUCGUCGCGCUCCUACCCCGGCUCAUGGCUCUUUGAGAUGCAACAAAACGGGACGGUCGGGAAAGUCUGUAUCUGGGAUCGACCAGGCUACGGUUUCUCCCAGAUCCUCCCCGGGGCCGAAUUGGGUCUAGUCGCCGAUACCCUCUAUACUUCCCUCAAAUCCAGCGGCAAUAUCGGGAAAGACGAAAAGCUCGUGCUCGUCGGCGAAGGGUAUGGCGGUCUCGUCUCGCGGACAUUUGCCUCGACGCACCCCAACCAUAUUGCCGGUCUGGUCCAUAUCGAGGCUCAGACAGCAAGCACCUAUUUCUCUGAAUCGCCAUACGGGCGAGGCUGGUUCACACUGACCACACACCGUCUCGCGACCCGCCUCCUCCCUUCCCUCCUCACGCCCCUUUCCCUCCGGCGCCUCCCAUCCGCGAUCUUCCGGCACUCGUCCUCCCUCUCCCGGAUCCUCGCGUCCACCCUGGAACGCACCGAGGGCCUGAACGAGAAUCUCGAAAAGGCGCGCCUGCAAGAAACAUUCUCGGCCCACUCGCACACGUCCGCCUCGUUCCGGACGCUCCUGGAGCGCGGGUACAGGUAUCCCCGCAAAGCGCCGGCGGUGGUUGUGAGCAGUCAGGAACAUAUGGAUGGGAAUGCGGUGUGGGCGGAGGGGCAACGGGGGUUGGCGGAGGAGGUGACGGCGGAAGAGGGGUUGGUGGGAUGGUUGAAGGUCAAGAAGGGGGGGAAGAGGGUGUGUGAGGGGAAGGAAGGGAGGGAGGUUUGUGAAGAGGCGGUCAGGAUGGUACUUGGGAAGAGUGGCAAGGGGUCGGGGAAGGGAGGGAAGGGGAAGAAGGUGGUUUGA